UCGGUAGGUAGAGUCGAAUUUACCGUCUCACAGGUGUCGGAAUGCAUGCGGCAGCCGAAUCAUUUCAAUGGACCCUGAGAUUUGGGUGCAUUAUCUUUUGAGAUUGUUUCAAGCUUCCAACGCAUGGGAUGUACACCCAUCAUAUGGGCUCGUGCUCCGGGGUAAUUGAAACCAAUGACCCUGUCAGACGUCGAGAACGCCCACAAACCCAAACCCACAACCCAGCGAAGGGACGAGGAUGUAAAAUAAAGAACCACUCCCCCAUCCCCCGCCGGUGUAAAGCUUAAGAGUCGACAAUAGAAACGAUCACUUUUACUGCACGAGGUCUUCACGGGGAGGAAAGGCGUCGCAGGUUUUGGAAAUUGAGGCCCCAAAUCCUCAGUGGGCGAUCAGCAGUGAGAGCAGAGGAACUCUCUUUUGGGUCUUCGCGAACGCACUCAGUAUUUGAGCUGGAGAACCGCUCGUGAAGUUGAUCCAAGUUUGUCCGCCGGAAAAUCGUAUGAUGGCAACCAUGGAGCAGAACUCGGAAAAGGAACCUGUGGAAGCCGAGGAGAAAACUCCAGAAACCGAAGCGCAAGAAACUCUUCAAGAGCCCUCUGAAUCAUCAAUGGAAGACUCGGAGACUGAACCUCUGGAAGCUAAAGACGAAACCCAAGACACAGAAGCAGAAGAUAAUCCUCUAGACAGCUCCAUGAGAGCUUCCGGGGAGCUGCUCAGAUGGCUACCCUGGGUGAUUCUAAACCUGGUUGUUGUGGGAAGCAGCAUUGCCGUCGGCAGCGUUGUAUUCAUUGGAACUGCCGUAACUUUGGCCAUUUUCAGCCCUAUAUUGAUACCUGCUGGCAUUUUGCUCUGCCUGACCGUGGGAGGUGGGUUAGCAACUGUCGCCGUUGCCUUAGCUGUAUUCGCUGUUUGCAGAAGACUUUAUAUGCGCCUGAAAGCUUCACACGAAAGUGAGAAUUCUUUAACAAGUGAAUCUGAGAAACCCGAUACACAUAUUGUACAACGGGAUGACUAUCGCCGCGCCGUGCUGGCUGCUCCCGGUGCUUGAAGUCAAUGGUGUGAGUUGCAGAUAUAAUAUCGUUAACAAGCGACGCAACGUUCUUUUCUGGUGAGAAAUGGGUAUUGCCUGCCACUGGACCGGAGAAUUCCUCGUGAUGAUUUACUACCAAGGCUAUGUAGUUACUAGAAUGGAAAUUUUCGGCAGUGUUGUAUAGUGGGCAGCUCUGAGACAGCAUGCUUUAUCCACUUGACCAACUAUAAGAAGGUCGUGCAUGAAGCUCACUGGAAGACAGAUAGCAUGACUCUCAACAGGUCUGUCAACAACAAGAAGUUUCUAUCUGGAUAACGAGGUGAGAAGCAGUUUUGGACACAGCUUCUUGUUGUGUACAUGCCAAUUUCCUUGUAAUCAGCAGAAUGUUAAUAAAUAGCUCAACUUAUUC